AAUAAUAAGGAAACUUACAGAAAGACAAAAAGUUAAAAUUACAGAGGAUUCUUUAUAAAAAAUAUAUAUUCUCUUUCAUUUUGUCCAUAAAUAAAUACUUUAUUGAACAAUAUGUUCUAGGGAAACUGUUUUAUUUUGCGAACUAUUUUGAAGGGCCGCACCGGAUGUGGUGUGAGUUAAUAAAUCUUUUGACGGCGCUGUGGCAAAAAAAAGGCGUAGCUAGUAAACAUCGCAGAAAAACAGAGCGGACAUUGAAGCCUGAAAACGCCGACUUAUUAAAUAUCAUCUUCGGUUCAUACUAACCCAGUCGGUGUCGUCCGUUUUCCCGUUGCCCGUCCGUGGUUGUGUCAGCGACUGUCAUCGUCUCGAAAAAAGGGACUCUGCCGGGGCGUUAGCCAGCUAGCUAGCUAGCACAGCCACCUAGCCGCAGCAGAGGCAGCAGCAGCAGCGUUAGCUUUAGCGUCAGACGACGAAGAUGAUAGCGCUGAUCAACAAACUGCUGGACUGGUUCAAGGCGCUGUUCUGGAAGGAGGAGAUGGAGCUGACCCUGGUGGGGCUGCAGUACUCCGGCAAAACGACCUUCGUCAAUGUGAUAGCGUCUGGGCAGUUCAGUGAAGACAUGAUUCCCACAGUUGGAUUCAACAUGAGGAAGAUCACCAAGGGCAACGUCAUUAUCAAGUUGUGGGAUAUCGGCGGUCAGCCUCGCUUCAGGAGCAUGUGGGAGCGUUACUGCCGAGGAGUCAGCGCUAUUGUUUACAUGGUCGACGCGGCAGAUCCAGAGAAAAUCGAAGCCUCCAAGAACGAACUCCACAACCUGCUGGACAAACCGCAGCUGCAGGGAAUUCCUGUUUUGGUUCUGGGUAAUAAGAGGGACCUGACUGGAGCUCUGGAUGAGAAGGAGCUCAUAGAGAGGAUGAACCUGUCGGCCAUCCAGGACAGAGAGAUUUGCUGCUACUCUAUCUCCUGCAAGCAGAAAGACAACAUCGACAUCACCCUCCAGUGGCUGAUCCAACACUCCAGGGCUAAGACGAGUUCCUGAGAACAGAUACACGCCCCCAACCGACAGGCCACGCCCACCCACCCUAACACAUCCUCUUUCUCUCUCUCUCUCUUUGAUCAAACACACCCCUACCCCAGUUCACCCAGUCAGAAAAAAAAAUAUUUAUCUUGGAUCCAGACAAGACGAAAGAGAAGAUUUUUGUUAUUAUGAUGAGCUGAUUUCUUUUCUUCUUUUUUAAAAUCCAACCACCGCUCACGUCAUUGUUUGACACUGGCAACAGAAAAGUGGUAUCAGUGCAUCUUUACAGAUUCACACAACAACCUCCACCAUUCUGGGUUUUUUUUUUAAAUUGGUGAACAACUCUUUGUAUAUUAAUCUCACCAAAAAGUCCGCCUUUUAUUUAUCACCAUAACUGCCAAAAACUAGAAACUGAUAAAUGAAUUUUUUUUCAUUUUAAUGGCCAUAAAAAACACAACACACAUUUAGCCCUUUUUUAGCUGGAGGCUGUUUUGUGGAUUUGUUUCCUCCCUCAGAUUUUCCAUGAUCCUAUAAACACCAAUCUGCCAUAAUCAUUUCCUCUCCUUCUCUUUUCCACCUCUGUUGAUUUUCAUUUCCUCCCCCACUCCUUCCACCUUUCCCUCUCUACCUCCACAUCAUCUAUCCAUCCAUUAUUUCACCUUUAUAUAAUCCUGAGAAGCCUCUCCUCCUCCCUCGUCCGUCGUAAACUGCUUGUCCUCUUCUGUACUCCCUCUAUCUUUCCUUCCUCCCUUUUCUUAUUUUUGGAUGUUACCUUCUUCCUCUCUUUCCUCGUUGCUGGGCCCCUCGCUGUCUUUCUCUCUCUCUCCCUCCUGCUGAGCGAGGGAUUAAAACCUUUUUAUUGCACUGUUGAUUUUGGUUUUGUAAGAUAUUAAUGAGAAUAAUGUUAAUAAUCUUCUUAUUGUGACAUAACCUGGUCUGUCCAGAUUUAAUGAAGUGGUACUUAAACUGGAGAAGGAGAAAUGUUAUUAUUUCUUUUCAUAUGUCUGUAAUAAGCUUCUAAUUUCUUAUUUGUUUUAUAAUGUGAUUAUUUUUUAUUGUUGUUUGCUGACUUCAUAAGUCUUUUCUUGGCGCUCAGCUAGAGUUCAGCGUUUUCUGCUCUGAGUAGUCUGCUGAUUGGACCAGGGGUGUCACGUGACCAGGCUGCGCCAUUACAUCCUGUCUGAUUAAAAGGAUAAAUGUAAUCAGUCACAUUUAAAUUUUUAUUUCAAAAUCAAUUGAUUUAAAUGUUUUCAUCCAUUUGUUUUCUUUUAACAACGUAAUUCAUGAUCCCAGGUGUAAAAUUGGACAUAUGCAUUUUGUCAAUGACAGAAGAAGAAAUUUAUCCUUCCUCUUUUUUUAAUAACAAGAUGGAAACGUGGUGUUGAAUUACAACUGAAAUAUAAAAUUAUUUAUGUGCUCAUAUGUAUGACAGAUUUGAAAGUUUAUUAAGAAAUUUGCCUUUUAAUAUUAUCAAAAUGCAAAAUUACUGUCAUAAAAAACUGAUACUGAGGAGGAAAAUUGUUACAAAAUGUUUCGAAAAUGAAAUAGCAAAUUGACUUUGCAUUUUUGAGUAUUUCAUGACAUCUUGGAUUAAUCCUGUUUCAAAAAAAAUUAAAUAAAACUAAUUGUUUUUUUCAUGCUGAUCUACCUUUUACCAUCAGCUAAUGGUGAAUGUGAAGGAAAAUAUUGUGGUGUUUUUUGUAGUAAGCCCGUAAUUUGUUUGUUUUAAAACAGCAUUGUCUCAAACAAAACAGAGCAAAUAUUGCUAUCACUGUUUUUCAGGUGAUGUGCUGAUGAUUGGCAAAAAAUUCUCAUCUAGAAAAGAUGUUAUGAGAAAUGUCUCUGAAGACCUGAUUAAAACGUUUACUUAAAAUAUAUCAUGAGACUCAAAACAUGAGCAUGUAGCUUUGUCCGAAGAUCGUCAUUAGCAUUAUGCCCACAUCCUCAUGCUAUUUUUGACAGUACUUAUAUUUAUUCAUCUGUUUGUCACUUGCAACAUCAUUGGCCAGCUCUGGCCUCCUAAUGGUUCAUAUCACGCCCUGACACAUCCUGGUCCUGACAGCAGCCAAUCAGACAGAACAAACAGCAACAUGGCCUAUAUUUUUUCUUUACCAAGGUCAUUUUGUUUAAGAGUGGUCAAACUGUCAGCAUCGUAUGUGGGAGAUUAAUUCUGCUCGCACUCACUCACCUGCUCUUCACUGUCGGGCCAAACCGGGUUUGUCUGGUAUCAAGAGACUUCAGGCCUUUUCUCAGUCUCACUCGGUUCUGUUGAUUGGCUGUUUGCUACUUAAUUGCUUCAGCUCAAACACACUUUUGUCUGGAGCAAUGGCAGAGGACAGAACGCUAGAUCCACCAUUAUACAAAUGACAGAUUGUUUUGAAAGUAUAUUUAUGCUAAAGUACAUUCAUGUUUUGUUUAUCACAAUAACACCCACAUGAAAUUGGCGCCAGUGUCUUCGUAGCGUCGGGAAACAACAGCGAUGUACAAGUCUAUUAAAUAAAAUCACAUAAGUCCAAGCUGGUGAUCUGGUCAUGAAAGCUGUCCCAGUUACAGACGUGCGUUCUUGUGGGUUAGGUCUCCUGAAUUUAACUGACCAUGUUGGAACUUUCGUAGAAUGGGUUCUUCUGCGAACAAUCCACUUUUGGAUUCCCAACAAUGGGAAAGCGAUCUCCCAACAGAGCAAGGUUGAUCUCUCAGCAACACACUACCAAACUUCGGAGAAACGCAAGAUCAAAUUCCCAAACACACAAGUCCGAUCAUGGAGUAAUUUUUAUUGAGAACGUUUUACUUUUUUUGCCGGAGUCGAACCUGCAAUCUGUGAUAGUGAACAGUUGUUGAGCCAUCUUUAGCCCGACAGUGGAAAGCUGCUUAUUCCUUAAUAAAUACCCAGAGCGGUGGAUCUGAAGGAGCUGGAGGCCCCUGCAGAUGUCUGUACGUCCUAGAUCUGAAACCAGUCAACAACAACAAGCACAACUUGUACCACACCGUAUCAAGUCCCAUUGGUUCAUUUUACUCUAAGAAUUAAAAACUGAAUCUCCCUUGGCCUCUAAAUGUCCGUUUGGUCUCCAGCUGCUCCAGAUAUCAGGUUCUGGUGUUUUCUGAACCAGCCAAGAGUUGUUGUCUGACUCCCUUCUGGGCCACUCAAACUUUAUUGAUCUGUUGAUCAGCCAGCACAGUGAUUAUUAGUUAUUUAUGCCAUCAGACAGAUCAGAUUGCCAAGUGAAUUUCAAAGGCACAGUUCACCUUGGUUUGAUAAUAUAAUAAUAAUAAUAAUAAUAAUAAAUUGCAUUUAUAGAUCCAGUUGUUCUAACAGGAAUUCCGUUGGUUUGAAACAGGGGUAAAAGGUUCAGUAUGCUUCAAACAAACUAGUUUAUAUAUUCUGAAAUCUUGUUAAAAUGCGUUUAAAGGCGAAAAAUAAAAGAGGCAAGAUGGGUUGAAUUGUACAAAUGGGGUUAACAGAGUCUUACCCUAAGGACAUCAAUGGUGUUUCAGUAAUAUUGGCUUGAAAAUGGUCAGAAGUAGUUGUAUGAAGAGUGUAACAGAGCUGGACACACCAGGCAAGUCGCUGUGUAAAGUAAGCAUGAUCGUGGUAUUUAUGGUUUUCAAAAGUCACACUAAUUGUUGGAUCAUACAAGUGCUUCGUUUGAAGCAUACUGACCCCCAAAUGACUCUCCACCCCGUGAUUUUCUGUAUGCAUUUCUCUCUUCUUUAUUGAAAUACAAAAAAACCAAUAAUUGGAAUCAGACCAGAAAGCAAAUGGACAGUUAAAACGAGAACAGUUGAAAUUUGUUGUCUCCUAGUGGUCAACUCUGAGACGGACACUUUGACUCGUGUACCAGCUACGAGGUGUCUGGUAAAUCCAGGGCGACACCUUCAGAUUACAGCUGUUGGUAUUUUCUGUCCUGUUCUGUGUGAACCUUGAAAUCCCUGGCUUCUGAUUGGCUCUGGGCUCUUAUGUUUGCAUGCGGAGGGCAGGGAUUGUAUAUCUGUAGGGACCCGACCGAGUAAAAGGUUAUUUUGGUGCAACUUUAUCAUAAAAUGGCCUUAAUCCAGUGCAUCAACCUGAGUACUAACCUACAGAGAAGUAAAACAAAGUACACAACAUGAAAUGUCCUUAAAACAGUGCAAUAAAACAGAAGUAUUGAUUUUGUGCUUAAACUGUGUUUUUAAGUACAUGAUGUCGGAGAAGGAUCUAUGUGCUUUACCGUAGUUUUCUAACAGAUGAAUACACUGGAAUAUGGUCAUUGUAAUGUAAAGUUUGACCUUUUUUCUUUUUUUAAUAGAAAAAAAAAUAUCCAGUAACGACCUGUGUCCGACCGUGCGUGUACAAACUGAACCUGUGCGGGAUGUGAUGAAAAAUGUGUUAAGAUCAUCAGAUUUGGUUGAAUCAUCACCUGAACGUCGACAACUGCUGAUUAACAACAUAAUCAGCCAUAAAACGAAAAUCCAGUCACAACCAGCAGCAUCAUGACAAACACUGUGUGUAUCCUAAGUGUCCUUGUGUCGGACACAUAGACUGUAUAUGACGACGAUCAGUGACCAAUCACGAAUCAGCCUCACGUCUCAAACAUAAAGUCUUAGUUUUCAUAGCUUCAAAUAACUAAUAAAAACAAACUUAUCAGAAACAUGAGCACUUGAACAUACAUCAGUGUGAUAAGAACUACCUAAAAUGACAGAAACCAUCUUUGAAAACAUUUAUUUAACGUCUUUUCUUUUUUUUAGUUUAGUCUGUCCCAUCUGCUCACAUGGAGGGGCGGGGCUUAUUGUCUAUACUGCAGCCAGCCACCAGGGGGAGGUGAAGAUGAUUUUGGCUUCACCGUUGGGAGGUGUCAUGUUGUCCAUCUUUAUUUUCAGUCUUUGCUCACACAGUGAGAACUAAUGCAACUGUUAACCUUCACCUGUUUGUCAUACGAGAUCCUAAUGAUCAAAAAGAGUUUCGUUUGAAUCAAAAAGAAAUCAGGAAAUCAAAAACUCAAAUUCAGCCCAGCUCCAGUAAAUUUGAUUAUUUUCUCCUGAUGUUUUAAUAAAAUAAUUUAAAGUAUUUUAAAAGGACCAUGAAUUUUUCUUAACUUUUAAAAUGUGUGCCCUCAAAUCAGUUUUAAAAUACAGAAGCCAGACUAAAGACUGAUUCACCAGAUUCACCUAAAACAAUUAGCGCACCAUUAAAGACACAGGAAGUGAGCUGCUGGUUGUGCACUGUCUUACUCAAAGACACUAACACAGAUGUUUAACCACUGUUGUGUUUGUAUUAUUCUGGUUUUGUUGCUGAUCCUGUUGUCGGGAGUUUGCACAUGUCGGGUUCAACACGGUGAAGACGGCCGUUUGUACAUUAUGAUUUGAUUCAGUUGAUAUGUGUUUUAAUAGAAACAUGCUUGUGUAUGAUACUAAUAAAAACACCAUGGAGAAACAG